AUGGUGACUUGGGUGGAGAACUACCGCAACGCUAACUGGCCGAUGGUGUACUACCUCGCGCUGGUGCACAUUGGCGCCGUCGUAGGCGCUACCUGUCUUCCGGAAUGCAAGACGCAGACGUACUGGUGGUUCUUCGGUCUCUACGUGCUCAACGGUUUGGGUAUCACCAUGGGUGCGCAUCGGUUGUGGGCACACCGCAGCUACAAGGCUUGCGGUCUCGUCCGCUUUCUUCUCAUGCUUUGCAACUCCAUGGCUAACCAGGGUACCAUUUUCCACUGGAGCCGUGACCAUCGGGUGCACCACAAGUACUCGGACACAAGCGCUGACCCACACAACUCGGGUCGUCUCAACUACGACGACUUGUGGGCCGACUGGACUGUCGUGCUGCAAGAGAAGCUCAACCCAUGGGGCAACCUAUUCAUAACUGCUUCAACGCGCUGUUUGUAUGCGGCUUCUUACGCUACGUGCUUGACUUGCACGCGACUAUGA